CUUUUCAUAGUAAUCUGUGAUUCUUUUAUUCUUUUCGAAAGUCGCUGUCUCUUGUGAAGGCAAAGCUAAAAGCUUCCACCAUGGUUGCCGCUAAGAAGCAGAAAAAGACCAUCGAGUCCAUCAACUCCAGACUGGCUCUAGUUAUGAAAUCAGGCAAAUACUGCUUGGGAUACAAGCAAACGCUGAAGACGUUACGGCAGGGCAAGGCUAAGCUGGUCAUCAUCGCCAAGAAUGCGCCACCACUGAGGAAAUCAGAGAUUGAGUACUAUGCUCUUCUGGCCAAGACUGGAGUCCACCACUACAGUGGCAACAACAUCGAGUUAGGCACAGCUUGCGGAAAGUACUACAGGGUGUGCACACUGGCUAUCACAGACCCCGGAGACUCUGACAUCAUCACCACCCUCCCUGAAGCCACAGCUUAGAAAUAAAUUUAUUAUUUAAGUAAA